AUGAUCCCCUGUGAAGGGAUGACACUUGCUUACGAUGUUGCUAAGAACUCUUCUUCUUUCAAAUCCUUCUUUGAAAAGUAUGAAAUUAAGAUGAAAUGCCCUGCGACUUGGGUAAGUUCGCAACUCGCUUUAUGGGGGCGAGUUUCAAGAAAGGCCGACACCAUUUUUACGACAUAUUAGUCAGAGAGUUACGGCGAACGUGAGUUUUUUUUGUGAUAUCCAGAAUAAUCAAGGUCGAAGUAGGGGUUAUUAGCCGAAGACCUUGAUUAUUCUGGAUAUCACAAAAUUGAAUCUAAUAAUUGUUUUAUUAUACAUUGAACGAACAAAAAUGGUCACGACAGUACGGUGGAACUGAUAAUUUAUUUCUAAACGUGUAAAAAUACCGUAGGUUCUCUCAGUUUUGUCUCUUUCACCUAAUCAGCAAACAGCUCCUUUGCCACCUUCGCCGACUUUUUUGUGUUUUGUGAGCCCUUGUCUUCGACUAUUUUUCGAUGUCUUGCUCGGUCAACGAAGCAAACCUGGAAGUCAAUGUUUUUGCCUCUUCAGUGACGGCAAGCAACACAAAGCGGCGAACUUGACGUGAUUACGCUUAUCAUGCACCGCGGUCAUACAUGACAUGAUUACCCGUGACCUUGAGUGUCCUCAGUUGACAUGAUUAUUGUAUAAUCUGCAGCCUGAUGACGUCCCAGGCGCUGAUUUCGAAAAUUCACUGUAAGCUUUCGGCCAAUCAGAAAAGAGAUAGUGAGUUGAAUGUAUAAUAAUUGGAAUUAUUUCAGCGUGAUUUCCGUAAAGAAAAAGGCAAAAAAAUUUAUAUCAAAACUAGGUUUAUUCUAGCCUCAAAGGCUAGAGUCAGGGGCACCCAAUGAAUUAAUGUUCCCAAAUUCGUGAGAAUUGUCUCAAAAAGGUUUUCUCCAUGUUUUAGAAGCCUGUUUGGUUAAUUGGAAGCUGCCCUAAAAACUGUUUAUCUGUUCGGAUGUCUAAGUGGAACUCUGGUCGUCUUGAAAGUUUCGUCUCGCAUUCGAAACUGUUAGUUACUCUUGUGGGUCCGAUCAAAAGUUCAAGGAAAUGGAUUAGCCCUAUUUUCAUUAGAAAAUUGUAGAGCACAUUUUGUCUUUACACAGAAAUUUUUAAGGAAUAAUCGCAACAUUGGUAUUAAAGUUGUGAAAAACGCAACCUCCGAAAAUCCUGGGUACUAAGUCCUUAGAAAAACUCCUAAAUAUCUUUGACGAAUAGAACGGUUAUCCAGAAAUUUUUGGCUUUUCUCGAGCUUUAGAAAUUUCUAGGCAAUAUUUGCUAAUUUGAACAUUUAUUUAGAGAAAAAGUCGUUGCGGAUGCUCCUUUAGAGUACCAAAUGCACACUGUAAAAUGGAAUGCCGAUGGAAGAAAUGGCUCUCGCCUUUGAUGAUAUUCGCCUCCUGGUUAGCCUGCGUCACAAACGUAAUCUAGACCCGGUGAGACUUAACCAGAAGUUUAGUUCCGUCAGUGGCGCAGGUUACCCAAAUGAAAACCUUGCCUGCAUCUGUAGCAACAGAAGACAGGAGGCAGUUUCACUACCUCGUAUUCUGAAGUAACAAAGCUGAGCCACUAAUUUUGCAAUUCAAUUGAAGCGAAGACACGUUAGCUAGAGUUUUAAAAAUAUGAGCAAAUAGCUUGACAUAUAGUCCCUGUAAGACCUUGAGUGUUGGCCCGGCUGGGAGUAGAACCCUGGCCUACCUCUAUAAGCUUGGUACCUAACCAAUAUUUCGCUCAGUAGUUAUUAGUUAAUUUUUUUUAUUGGCAGGUUGAUUCAUAGUAUUGAAUUAUUGUUUUAUUAUUUGCAAAGGGAAAUCCCGGGAUCGCUGUUCUCAAAAUGACAGAAACUGUUCAAGUUCAAGAAACCUACCCGCUGAUAGUCCUAGGACCUCACACUUCUAAGGAAGCUAGUGCAGUUUUACAGGUGGUGAAUGUUUACAGAAAUCUUAUGGUAAGUAACAGUCACAAUAAAGAAAUUCGUAGUAUAAUAUACAAACAGUAGUUACAUGGACACAGUUUGAUAACGCCUAGAUCGUGUUCACAGUGCCCUAUUUUUCUGUAAGAUCGUCGAGAUCGACCGCUUGACUUUACGUUUCUUGGAUGAGUGUCAAAUCUACUCAAGGGGCAGGGGACGGUUUUUUUCCCGCCUCCCUUCCCCCACCGCCGUAAACCCCGACGCCUCUUCGGUAUAUGUGAAAUCAAGACGGCCGCCCGUACCGGAAAUCGCUCGAUCCUGACGAUGUUACUACAAAAAUAGGGGACUAUGAACUGAAAUCGCCUUGAGAGCCGUAUGUUGACAAAAAGAAUAUUUCGAGCGACCCAAUUUUAUUUCCCGACCUAAACGAAAGCUGGUUGAGAAUAACGAUGAUAAUCGUCAUCAUCCUCAUCAUCAAAGGGCCAAUAUAGUUACAGGCAGCCCAAGCUUACUGUGUGCCAAUAAUUGAUCACGGAGCCUACAUUCCUGUAGAAAUUGGAAACUUAUUGAUGAGGGAAAAUUUGUUAUGAAGUCAGCGUACACCCGUCUAAAAGUCCCCACGUCCAUCCUACAGACUUUGGGGAUAGGGCAAGAGAGACUCCGCAAGGGAAGGGAAGGGGGAAUCCAAUUCAUGCAGCUACUGGACGUUCCACCUGCUUUUGUGCUAUUUUGCUAAAACUGACUUAUUUGAUGAAGGACUGGGACUCCUUGAACACACAGCUAGAAAAUCUCCUUACCUUCAAUAUCCCUUAAAGCGAAAAUCUCCAAGUGCGACAAAGUCAAAGAAAACGUUUGAGAAUUGCUUAGUAGAAUGGAACGCGUGACCAAACGUUUAAGAGAUUAGUAUCAGAUGAAGCCCGUUAACUGCGCCAAAAUAAUAUCCUUACCUACUCGUCAAAAUGGCGUCGAAAACCGUGACAAGGUCAAUUGCCAGUCAAGAAUUUUGAAGUGUGCUGCCGUUUCUUUUUUUAUAAAUUUGUGCCCUGAAUACAGCUUGAAUGAAGUUUGUGCGUCUGUUGCUACCCUUGCCGAAAAAACUAUCUAAAUAUGAAAGAGUUAUCGUUUCUUCGACCGACAGGGUCCGGGAUCGUAACAUUUCAAGAUUAUAAACUCUCUUCUCGAGGAAUUAAAGCAUUAUCGUUUGUUUCACGAUUCAAAACAAUCUUCUCACUAAGGGUGGAUUUUCACUGUCUCGUAACACGUUCGUACGCACGUAUAUUUUACGCGGGUAAAUAGAAUAGAAGCAAUGUAUGAAGUAGCACGUACCUGUAAACGUAAAAGUUGAGCGAGUUUCAACAACUAUAAGGUUUAAGCACGAUCUUUCAUACCUUGCCUCUAAUUUGUCAACGCACGUCGUUUUUACGUGCCUAAACACUUUAAAUUUACGCGAAAGUGGAAAUCCACCCUAAGAAGUCUAAGGCUUAAUUUCCAGUGUCGCGUAAUUUUUACUUUCAAAAAAAAAAAUAGGGCCAAUGCAUGAAAAGUCGCUCGCAAACGCAAAACUUGAACCUCGCUCAAUUUCUCGUUUAAGCUCAGUACUUUUUACCUUGCCUCUAUGUUAUUUAGGUGAUUAAAAUUUACAUACGUCAACUUGCGUAGCCAAAAACGCGUCAGUGGAAAUCAAACUUAAGAAAGUCAAACAGGUGAUGAGGUCGACUGGUUACACGUCACGUUAUAUCAAAGUUCGAGACCGUAACCUACCGUUUCUGACCACCUUCAGCCCACCCCCCCCCCCCCCCCGAGUUGUAGGCCUAUCCACCUGUAAACAAAAACAUACAACCGAUUAUAGCCCCCCUCUCUCUCUGAUUAUAAGCCACCCGCCGACCUCGAUGUUUUGAUGGUUAGGGCGCUUUCCAUUUGUCAGAGCUGACCGGCCAGCCCAUUCCCAUCAUAAUGAGAAUUUCACUUAUUAAUAAAUAUAGAUUUCUUCAUGGAAAGUGCUGACAUUUACGCAAAAAAAUAUGCACGCGACAAUCCCGAAAGGUAAUAUGGGAUAUGAUCAAUACACUGUUCCUGACGACUGUAGCUGUUGAACCUACUUUUGUUGCUUUCUUUUAGCACUCGCAAACACAUUUCCAUGGCCUUUCGUGCCAAUUCUUUCAAAUUUCUUUGAAAAAAAGAGAACUCAAAACCACCCACAAUGCCUUUCAGGAUUGUCGCGUGCACUUUUCCCGACAACCUUUUUCGAAAUAGCUGUAUACAAACUGAGAUUUUCUUGAAAUUCAAGGUGAUUUAUUAAAUCGCUUUUACAAGUAUCCAUGUAGUUUUGGAAGCUUUCUAAACAACUUAGAAAAAGUGCCUGACAAGUUAAACCAAGGCUUGAAAUAGUAAAAUAAAAUGCUGAGUUGGAUUAACUAAGCUCACAGCAUGACAAUUGAUAACAACGAAUUAGUUUUUCGUAAGUAUUCGUUCAAGAAAUAUACUGAAUAAAAAGGAGGAAAAGCUCGACAAAAGUAAGCACUUAGCUUUUCAACGAAGCUGAUUCUUUCUAUGUCAAAGGAGAACUGUCGUCGUUGUCUGAAGAGUCAAAUACGCGUUUUAUUCGUUUACAAGUUUGUUGUUUGUGUGCUUCUGUUGGAGACGAGGACGAGCUGGUAUUGAUGGUGAAAUUUCCUCCGUAAAACACAGCACCCUUGAAUAGCCCUGCUGCUGUCGGCGUUGGACUUUCUUUUUUUGUUGUUCGACAAGAGAGUGCGUUUCAGUUUGAAGCAUUGAAGUCGAGCCACUCAAUAUUCUUGACAUACUUUUCUGUUGUUCUUGAGAAACAUGAAUGUAGUUGUUAAUACUCUGCACAUUUUUGUGUCCUGAUAACUGCAUUAUAUGACUAGGAGGAAUAUCCUUAUCAUUCAAUGUUUGAAUCAUCCGUUUUCGAGCGCUGUGGUUCGUAAGGUGAGAGUUGUCAAGGCCGGACUUCUCAGCCAUUGUUUUCAUUAGACUGUUGAGUUUGUUAACUCCCAUUGCAUUGGCUUUAAACCAACUUUUAUUAGAGUUUUUUGUAGUAUGAUUAACACCA